AUGGUAUCAGUACUUGUACUUGUACCUGCAGUAGAGUAUAACACACUGGUAUCAGUACUUGUACUUGUACCUGCAGUAGAGUAUAACACACUGGUAUCAGUACUUGUACUUGUACUUACAGUAGAGUAUAUUGCAGCUGUUGCUAACCCGUGUUUCUUUGCUGCAGACACCCCCGGCCCCCCCACCAACCUGACGGUGAAGGACUCAUGUAAGGACAACGCCAACAUCUACUGGGACCCCCCCCUGCUGGACGGAGGCCACGAGGUGACGCACUACAUUGUGGAGAAGCGUGAGACGGAGAGGAAGGCGUGGUCCAUCGUCAGCAGCAACAGCGCCAAGACGGCCUUCAAGGUCCCGGACCUGGACGCCGGGCGCUGCUACAUCUUCAGGGUCUCUGCCGUCAACGAGCUGGGGGUGGGCGAGAGCUGCGAGACCCCCGACGCCGUCAGGCCUCAGGGGGUUGCAGUGUUUUUGCACAUCAGGGAGGAGCCUGGCCCCGUCAUGGACUUCAAGACGCUGCUGGUGACGAAGGACUCGUGUACGCUGAGCUGGAAGAAGCCUGACGGCAGCCGCAUCAUCGCUUACGUGCUGGAGGUGUCCCAAGGAGACGACUACAAGGAACUCAUGAGGUCCAAGAACAUGCAGUACAGCGGCAAGGACCUGGUGGAGGGCCGCGAGUACACCUACAGGGUGAAGGCCGUCAACGACUCGGGGGAGAGCGCCGUCAAGGAGCUCAGCGUGGUUGGUAUCAUCCUCCCCACCUGCGACCUGCGGGAGUUGCCCAACAUGUGCUACAUCGCCAAGGAGGGCAGCAUGGUGCGCCUGAAGAUCCCCAUCAUCGGCAAGCCCACGCCGAAGGUCUCCUGGAAGAAGGGCGAGGAGGAGAACCUGACGGACACCGGCCGUGUCUGCGCCGAGUCCUCCGCCGUCAACACCACCCUCCUGAUCAGGGACUGCCAGCGCAGCGACGCCUCCAAGUACACCAUCACCCUGAGGAACAGCGCUGGGAGCAGGGAGAGCACCAUCUUCAUCAGGGUGGUGGGUAAACCCGGCAUCCCGAUUGGCCCCGUGAAGUUCAAGGACGUCAACGCGGACGCCGCCACGCUGAAGUGGGUCGCUCCGAAGGACGACGGCGGCUCUGAGAUCACCAACUACAUCCUGGAGAAGAGGGACUUUGUCACCAACAUGUGGGUGACGGUGUCCUCCGCCGUUGAGAGCAACGUGCAGCGGGUGACCGGCUUGCACGAGGGCACCGAGUACAUCUUCAGAGUCAGCGCUGAAAACAAGUACGGUGUCAGCGAGGGGCUCAAGUCCGACCCCAUCGUGGCCAAACAUCCCUUCAAUGUUCCCGAUGCUCCUCCUCCACCUCAGAUCUCAAGCAUGCGCCAUAACUCCGCCUACCUGUCCUGGAACGACCCCAGGAAGACCGGAGGGUCUCCCAUCACAGGCUACUUUGUUGAAUUCAAGGAGAGGAACAGCAUGUUGUGGAAGAGGGCGAGCCCCAGCGCCCUGAUGAUGAGGGAGCACAAAGUGAUGGGCCUAACUGAAGGACUUGAGUACGAGUUCAGAGUCAUGGCCGUCAACCUGGCCGGCAUCGGGAGGCCCAGCGCCCCCACCGACCCCCAGGUGGCCCUGGACCCCAUCGAUGCUCCUGGCAGACCCGAUGUAGUCAGCAUCACCAGAAGCACCGUCACCCUGCAGUGGACCGAGCCGCAGUCUGACGGCGGCCAUCGGCUGACCGGCUACAUCGUGGAGCGCCGCGACCUGCCCUCCAAGAUCUGGGUGAAGGCCAACCCCGUGAACGUGGUCGACCCGGCGUACACCGUCACCGACCUGCAGGAGGGCUGCAAGUACGAGUUCAGGAUCCGAGCCAAGAACUCGGCCGGAGCCCUCAGCCCCCCCUCGGAGCAGACAGACACCAUCAUCUGCGCCGACGAAUACGCUGCCCACGGACCCAUCAUCAUUGACUCUCAUGUGAUGGAGGGUCACACGUCAGGGCUGGAGACACCAUCGUGGUCACUGCCACCAGCCAUUAUAGGCAAACCUGCGCCCACUCCUGCUGGUUCCAAGGGAGGAAAGUAAUUUCAAACCCUCGGACCUGCGUUAACAUUGAGACCACCUGCCUCUUCCUCUACGCUGUCCGUGAAGUACGCCAGCAGGAAUGACUCCGGAGACUACAUCAUCACCGCCAGCAACCCCCCUUCGGAGUGAACGGAGGAGACGGUGAAGGUCAAACGUCUGGAUGUUCACUGCAGUUUCCUGCGGGCCCAUCGAGUGCAGCCGGCAUUUCCUCUGAGAAGGGUCACUCUCACCCUGGACGGCCCCCACCCACGGACGGAGGCUCGCCAUCCAAGUACGUACACACCCUCGAGAAGAGGAGACCAGCCGCCUGCUGUGGACCAUCCCUGGAGAGAAGGUCCUGACUGUCACUACUGUGGCCAAACAAGCUCAUCCAGGGGCAACGACUACUUCUUCAAAAGUGUCCGCCGUGAACCAAGUACGGAGCCAGUGAUCCGUCUCACUCCGAGGCCGUCAGAGGAUGGUCGACAG